AUGUGGGACAACCAGUCAGGGGUCCCAGAAUUCAUCCUGGAGGGAUUCCCGCUCAGUGUAGACAUGGAAGUGUUCCUCUUCUGUGUCUUCUCCCUGCUGUAUAUCUCCAACCUGCUGGCAAAUGGCAUGAUCUUGGGGCUCAUCUGGCUGGACGUCAGACUACACACUCCCAUGUACUUCUUCCUUUCUCAUCUGGCUGUCAUUGAUAUAUUCUAUGCUUCCAGCAAUUUGCCCAAAUUGCUGGAAAAUCUAAUGUAUUUGUACUUAGAUUUUGCCUGCACUGAGUGCAUGAUUUUGCUGGUGAUGUCGUAUGACAGGUACGUGGCCAUCUGCCAUCCUCUCCACUACACCGUCAUCAUGAGCUGGAGACUGUGCAUAGUGCUGGCCAUCACCUCCUGGACUUGUGGCAUUUUAUUGGCAUUAGGACAUUUAGUGCUCUUUCUGAGAUUGCCAUACUGUGGGCCCACAGAGGUAAACAGCUUCUUCUGUGAAAUCCUAGCUGUCCUCAAAGUGGCCUGUGGGGUCACUUGGUUAAACAAAAUUUUCCUCUUCGCUGGUGGUGUGGUCUUUUUAGUGGUCCCUGUUUCUUUGAUAGUGGUGUCCUACGUGCGCAUCCUCUUGGCCAUCCUGAAGAUCAAGUCAAAGGAGGGUCGCAGAAAGGCCUUCUCCACCUGCUCCUCCCACCUCUGUGUGGUUGGGUUCUACUUUGGCAUUGCCAUCAUGGUGUACGUGGUCCCAGACAAUGGCCACCGAGACGAGCAGAAGAAAAUCCUUUCCCUGUUUUACACCCUCUUCAACCCAUUGUUGAACCCCCUCAUCUACAGUCUGAGAAAUGCUCAAGUGAAGGCUGCCUUCAACAGAGCAGUGCAGAAAAAGGGCACUGUAAAAGAGGGUUAA